UUUUUCAUCGCCGGUUACGACACGACCAGCGCUUCGCUCUCUCAUGUCGUCUAUUAUUUGUCUCAAAACAAAGACAAACAACAGAUUCUGAGGGAAGAACUCAACGCUUUGGACACAGACUUCACGUAUGAAAACCUAAAUCAAUGCCAGUAUUUGAAUGCAGUCAUCGAUGAGACUCUUAGACUCGCGCCCCCUUUAGGCACUAUUCAAAGGGAAUGCGUUAAGGAAUAUAAACUGGGAAAUACCGGCACAGACCCUGAAUUUUUUCCCGACCCUGAUCAAUUCAAACCCGAGAGGUUUCUCAACCCAACACACCAUCCGUACGCAUACCUGCCCUUUGGGUGCGGUCCCCGACAUUGCGUUGGUGUGAGGUUUGCCUUAAAUGAGAUGCGAAUGUGUAUCGCAAAGAUUGUACACAACUUUGAGUUCACACUCGCGCCCGGAUUUCAAUUAACUGUACUUUUGGUACUGCUCGACGCCGUGGGACACGUCAACACUGGGGUAGCGCUGGUCGAGACACUACUCACUGCCGGAAAUCGGGUUAUAUUUCUAUUGACAGACCGGUGGCGGGCAUUGUUGGACAUAAAACACCCCAACUCUAGGAUCCUGUAA